AUGAAUGCUCAUUCACAAGUAGAACUUAAACUCUCGUGCAAAAACUUACCAGACUUGGACUAUUUUUCGAAAAGUGAUCCGCAGGUCGUGCUUUUUGUCCAAGACCUGAAUACACAGCAAUGGGUUGAUUCGAGGCAAAAGACCGAAGUUGUUAUGAAUAACCUUAAUCCUAAAUUUGUUACGAGCUUUGUGUUGGAUUAUCAUUUUGAAAUGUUGCAAAAGUUGAGAUUCACUGUCGUGGAUGUUGAUAAACAUGAUAAUUCGGAUUGGAAGGUACAAGAAUAUGUGGGAUCUUUUGAGACUGAUCUAGGAUCCAUUGUUGGAAGUCCGUAUAAUAGAGUAAUUGGUAAGUUGAUAGACUCAAACCAUCCGGAUAAAAAUCGUGGAUCUAUUGUUAUAUUUGGUGAAGAGGUGUCGAUUACCAAGAGAAUUGUCAAUUUGCAAUUUCAAGCACACAAUGUUAUCAAAAAGAGUAUAUUUUCCAGUUCGAAACCCAAAAUAUUUUUUGUAGUUGGUCGUGCUAAUGAAGAUGGUACUUAUUCACCGGUUUAUAAGAGCGGCUUAACCUCACCGAGCCUAUUUUGGCCCGUUUUUUCAAUCAAAGAAUCAUUAUUGUGUAAUGGGGAUCAAGACAGAGGACUAGAAAUCCUGAUAAAGAAACAAAAAGAGAAUGGCAACCAUCGAUUACUAGCCAAAUCAACAGUAACUCUGCGUGAACUCUUAUCAACCACAACCAAUAAUAAACCAUUUCAAUUAUCGCGCAUAAACGCAUCCGGGGAACCCGAAAAAGAAAAAUCCUCCAAAAACCAAUCGUACAUUCGCGUAAUACAGUGCUCGGUGCAGGAAGAACCCAGUUUUUUGGAUUAUAUUGGUGGUGGGACUGAAAUUAAUUUGGUGGUCGGGAUUGAUUUCACGCAGUCGAAUGGGUCUCCGCAUGAUAUCAAGUCGUUGCAUUAUAUUGACGAAAGGGGCGAGAAUGAUUAUCAAAAAACGAUUAGAAGCGUGGGAGCUAUUUUACAAGCUUAUGAUCAUGACAAAAAAAUCCCGGUAUAUGGAUUUGGCGGUAAAUUCGGCGGGGUGCUAUCACAUGCUUACCCUUUGAAUGGCGAUUUUAAAAAUCCAGAAGUUAAAGGCGUUGAAGGUAUUUUAGCAGCAUAUCUACAGACUAUUAAUAAUGUGGAAUUGUAUGGCCCAACGAAUUUUUCUCCGAUCAUAAAACAAACAGCAGAUACUGUUCGCCAAAAUCUUGCGUCUGGUCGAGACAAUGUAUAUUAUAUUUUGCUGAUUAUAACAGAUAUGGAUACGACCGUGAGAACUAUUGUCGAAGCAAGUUCUCUUCCAUUUUCAAUUGUGAUUGUGGGUGUUGGAAACGCCAACUUUACUGCGAUGCACGAUCUAGAUGCAGAUUACACAGCUUUGGAGGCAAACAACAAAAAAGCCGAACGAGACAUCGUUCAAUUUGUAGCAAUGCGCGAAUUCGAAUCAGCUGCUUCGCAUCACCUCCUCCCGAAAGCCGUCCUAGAAGAAAUACCAGACCAAAUUAUGAGCUACAUGCAAAAACAUGCAAUUGGUCCUCGACCGUUUAAAAGGAUUGAGACCGAGAUGCAAUUGAAUUUGUCUUCGGGUGAUAAUGAUCCACCUCCUGCAUAUCCUGGAGAUCAACCUUCUGAUAUCCAAGUAUUUUUAUAUACCGAAGGCAUCGAGUCGGCCCAUGGAUUUCGUUAUAUUAUUAAUAAUAUUUCUCGCACCAUCCCGGAAAUUGUUGUCUCCGUCAAUAUUGAUCCAAACAAUAUGCCUUGA